UACAAAACGCGUAGCCAUAGUCGUAAAAUAGAAAUUUAUGUAAUUCUGUGUGUGUUACGAGCGUGCCUAGCUGUUUUGGUCACGCAGGAGUAGCCGGUUAAAAUAUGUAUGUGAAAUAUUCAUAAAACAGACAUUAAUUCUCAUCAACGACCGCACCCCUUUCUAAUGCACCAAAUUAAAAUUCGUGUUCGCAAAUUAUGAGAAACUUCUACGAAUUGCUCAAUGCGCCAGCAACGGCAACUUUUGAUGAACUAAAACGAAAUUAUAAGAAUUUAAUUCUACAAUGUCAUCCCGAUAAAUUACAACAACAUGGACAGAAGGAGGAACGGGUAUCAACGGCACCAUCAAUAGCUGUAAAUACGAGUGACCCAAAUUUAGAAAGCAGUAUCAGCAGUCUCAGCAAUUUCAAUGCCAUCAACGAGGCCUGGAACACGCUCAAAGAUCCCAUAAAGCGUAAACACUAUGAUGCCGAAUUACUGCAGUCGAAAUUUCAAACGCACAGCAACAUUUACGCCACCAUUACGUUAAGCGACAUGCGACGUGCCGAAGUUGAAAUGGAAGAGGUUGAAGGGGAAGAGGAACAGCCCGAAGCUGACGCAGACAAAGAGACAGUGUCAGCGACAACUAUGGGCUUUGCCUUUACGUACAAUUGCCGUUGUGGCGGUCAAUAUGUACUCGAUGAGGCUGCUGCUGGUGCUCUGGAUGAGUCACCAUCAUCAUCAGCAGCAGUCGCCACAUUAAAAGCAGACGCAGACGCAAGCGACAACGACGACAAAACAGCAGACAAGCCGGCUAGUGAAGUGAUUGUUGAGUGCAAUGAAUGCUCCUUGGUGAUUAUCGUUGAACGGAAAAAGUAGAAAAGAAACGCAUUCAGUUCGCACCAUGCUUUCAAUUAUCACUAUAAUAAGAUAUACAAUUCUAAAAAUUAGUUAAUGAGCUCUCGGAUUUUAUGAAUAUUGAUAUUUAUAAACAAUGGAAAUAACUUCGAAAAUAUUUAGUAUAUUUUGUGCUA